AUGAGUAAAAAAGACUACUAUAAGCCGCUGGGGGUAGAUAGAAAUGCUAGUACUGAUGAGAUAAAAAAAGCAUAUAAAAAAUUAGCGUUAAAGUAUCAUCCAGAUAGGAAUCCUGGCAAUAAAGAAGCAGAGGAGAAAUUUAAUGAAAUAACAGCUGCGUAUGAAGUCCUAUCUGAUUCUGAGAAAAGAGCAGGCUAUGAUCGUUAUGGUCAC